GGUUACACAGCAGCGCGCUGUCACUAUUCGCUCCCCCACAUCAUGGGCUAUUUUUGGCCAGUGCGUUACCUCAUUAUAUAGACUUUUCUUCAACCCUCUCUCCCUUUUGCGUACCAACCGUGCUUGUAACACUAAGAAGAAAAGUGUCAUUGAACGUUAGACUACGAUUUGGAUACUUCUUCAGUUUAUUCUGCUUUCUGUGCCUCUACACCCCAGUUUGCCCUGGUGCGAUGAGAAGACAGCUGUCAUACACCAGUUUUCCAAAGAAGCGUCACGGGACGCGUCUCAAAUAAUUCACUCCGACUAAAACGCUCGUUCUGCUGCCUGUCACCUUCUUCUGGUACUUUUGACGAUAUUUGGACCAUCCCAUUGCACCUCAUUCAACGACAGACACUAUUUUACCAUCCCGAAGCUUUUCAGAAAAUCAUGGAGACAAACCCAAUACCAAUUUUGACCAUCCAAACUACACCCUUCGAUGACCAGAGACCGGGUACAAACGGGUUGCGGAAGAAGACUGCGGUUUUCGAAAGUAAUAACAACUAUCUUCAAAACUAUAUCCAGAGUGUGCUGUCCUCCAUCGACCUGAGGGACCGGCAGGGAUGCACUAUGGUGGUGGGCAGCGAUGGAAGAUACUUCAGCCGGGCAGCGACCGAAGUCAUCGUUCAGAUGGCAGCUGCCAACGGGAUAGGACGUCUGGUGAUUGGACACAAUGGGAUCCUGUCCACCCCAGCAGUGUCUUGCAUCAUCAGGAAGAUUAAAGCUAUUGGUGGGAUCAUCCUCACUGCAAGCCACAGUCCAGGAGGACCAGGAGGAGACUUUGGGAUCAAAUUUAAUGUAGCGAAUGGAGGACCAUCUCCAGACACAGUGAUAGAGAGAAUCCACCAGGUGAGCCGCACUUUAGAGGAAUAUGCCAUUUGUCCUGACCUGCACAUCGACCUGUCCCGCCUCGGCCGUCAGGACUUUGAUUUAGAGAACAAGUUUAAGCCCUUCAGAGUUGAGAUUGUGGAUUCAGUGGAGAUCUAUUUAAACAUGCUGAGGGGCAUUUUUGACUUCAGUGACAUCAAGAGCUUGCUGACAGGUCCAAACCAGCUGAAGAUCCGAAUAGAUGCUAUGAAUGGAGUAAUGGGACCAUAUGUCAGAAGAAUCCUAUGUGAUGAGCUCGGAGCUCCAGCUAACUCUGCUGUGAACUGUGUCCCUCUGGAGGACUUUGGAGGCCAACACCCAAACCCAAACCCUGCUUUCGCUGGACCUCUGGUGGACUCCAUGAAGGGGGGAGAGUUCGGCUUUGGAGCUGCUUUUGAUGCAGAUGGGGAUCGUUACAUGAUCAUGGGUGAGAACGGGUUUUUCGUGAGUCCGUCAGAUUCGCUGGCAGUGAUGGCUGCAAAUCUCUCCUGCAUCCCUUACUUUAGUCAGAGAGGAAUCCGAGGAUUUGCCCGCAGUAUGCCAACUAGCACAGCCAUUGACCGGGUUGCUAAGGCUAUGAAGGUGGCGCUUUAUGAAACGCCCACAGGCUGGAGAUUUUUUGGCAACCUACUGGAUUCGGGGAGGUGUUCAUUCUGUGGAGAGGAGAGCUUCGGGACAGGUUCAGACCAUAUUCGAGAUAAAGAUGGUCUGUGGUCAGUUCUGGUUUGGUUAUCCAUCAUGGCAGUGCGCAAGCAGGGAGUGGAAGAAAUAGUGAGGGAUCAUUGGGCCAAAUUGGGACGCAACUACUUCUGCAGGUUUGACUAUGAAGGAGUGGACGGCAAGGCAGCGUUUUACCUCAUGAGAGAUUUGGAGGCUGUUAUCACUGAUAAAGCUUUCACCACUCAGAAGUUUUCAGUGGGCAAUAAUGUCUACAGUGUGGAAAAGGCCGAUAAUUUUGAGUACAUCGACCCAGUGGAUGGCAGUGUGUCAAGGAAACAGGGCCUAAGGAUCAUCUUUACAGACUCGUCCCGAAUCAUCUUUCGGCUCAGUGGUUCUGGGUCUGGAACAGGAGCAACCGUUCGUAUCUAUGCUGAAAGCUAUGAGAGAGACCCGGAGAGACACAACAGAGAGACUCAGGUUGUGCUGGGUCCUCUCAUCGCCAUUGCUCUGAAAAUCUCCAACAUCCACGAACGAACUGGACGCAGAGGGCCUAAUAUCAUCACCUGAGACCAAUCCAGAAACUAACAUCCAGGGGCCAAAAUCACCUCCUCACUCAACAUCUGAUCUUUCACACUCGACACCACACACAAUGUGCCAACUAUUCAUUUUGCUGCUCUUUUCAGAUCAAAUCUCCUCUCAGUCUUUAUUAUUUUGUCCUCAUUCUUCUUUCCAAGGGCCCCUGUAAGAUUUUCUCUUCUUUUGCACAUUUAUAGACUCAUGUAAACCACUACAGAAACCCGGAGGAAGCAAAGUGUUUGUGUAAAGUUACUGUUUUAACUCAACGUGAAGUAAGAAACAGAACAAAUAUAGAUCACUUUGCAUUUUUAAUUGGCCGCAUGGGGUCUAAAGCCUAAAGCUUGUGAAUUAUGUGUAACUGUGUGCUUUUGUUUACAAUGCAGCUGUUACUAAGUAAUGCAUUUGAUUCAGUCUGGGAAAAGAGAGAGCAAAGCUAUUCAAUAUUUACUAAUUUCUGUGGAAUUUGCAUUAGAAACACAAGAUCAUAAUCUCUGCAUCAGUUAGAGCUUGUGUUUAAUAACAAACCACUAAAAUUGAAAAUCAAACAUGGUCUUGAAGAAAGGUUGUAAAACCGAUCUUGUAAUAUACCAUAGAUAUAAACAUUAAAUAUUGCAUACGGGUCCUGAACAUGCGUCAAUACCGCCACCAUAUUGGUACAGGGCUCCCAGGACAAAAGUAAUUCAACCCCACAAGACCAAAGCCAAUCUGAAUAUGCUGGACUGUUGCUCUGUGUGUAGUAAGAGCAAUCAAAGAAAACAAAGCAUAAGGGCAUAACAUUUCAUCUCUAAGAUUUAGUUUUUUACUAUUUUAUAUGUUAUGAAUUUGUAUGCUCAUUAUGUAAUGUUAUAAUGAUGAUACAGUCACUUACUGCAUUGACCCAAAGGGAAAGUAUAACACCAACUUGAACUAAAUGCUAUGCCUAUGCUAGGUUUGUUGAAGAAAACCAGCGAAAAUGUAAAUGAAAUAUGACAACAAGAUGGUGGUGCCAGAAACCUGUAUUAUUGUCGGCUCAGUAACAGCUAGUUUUUGAAGUAAGGAAUAGUGUCUGCACCUUAGUGUGCACACUUUCCACCCUGAAUUAUUAAAUAUAUUUAAACUUUCAUAUACUAUUUACAUCAGAAAAGUGGAUAUUAUGCACAUUGGGAAGCAGGGACAGGGAUGCAUAAAGUACUAGAGACCCAGACUUAAAAUAAAAGUACAAGUGCUCUUUCAAAAAAGUGACUUGAGUAGAAAUUGAAGUGCUUUUUUAGCACCAUACUUAAGUGGAAGUACUAAAGUAUUCCACAUUUUUUGUACUUAAAUAUUGCAAGUAGUUUAUUUUAAAAUUUACUACUGAAAUACUGAAAGUAAAAGUACAAGUAUUGUGUUAUGUAGUUAUUAAAGAAAGCAGUCAAAAGACAUCAUAUUGUUUUUUUUUAUUUUAAAUAACUUUUUAGGGGCAGAAUGAAAAGAAGCAUGGUUUACGAUUUAUUAUAUAUAUAUAUA